AUAUUCUUGUUAGACAGGUUUGGAAUAGUGGAUGGAAAGAAUAAAUUCCUCUAAUAUCAACUGGCCCAACCCGUAAAAUAGAUACGUAAUUUUUAUUUAGAAAAAGAAAAUAAGAAUUGUAUGUAUUUGGGCCAGUCCAUAAGGAAAUCAUUCUCUGAUUUGAUUCGAUCAUUAUCCCCAUUUAGCUGCGUCUAUCGAAACUCCGCCAAUCACAACCAACUGAAACGAAAGGGACUAAUUAUUCGUUUAUCCAAAGCCAUUUUCUUUUCCCUUUCAGAUUUUCUCGCCUGCCAAAGCAAAUCUAUCCUGGAAAUUUCCUACUUUAUUGUUCUGUAAAAAAAAGAAAAAAAAAAAAAUGUCAUUUCAUGACCUUUCUUUCUAGUAAUUCACGUUCUCUGCUGUAAAAUUUCCUCUAAAAUACUAACUCAAGAUGGCAUUUCUCAUACCCUCCCCUGAAAUUUCCACCGAGUCUGCAAAAAUUUUCUCUAACCCUAACCCCACCCCUAAAUUCCUCAAGAGCCUCAUAAUUUCAAGGAAUGAUGAUGAUAAAAUUUGGUCAAGGGCUAAGGUUAGGGUUGGUCUUAAAGAUAUUGGUGCUAGAGUUUCAGGUUUGAAUCAAAGCUUGAGGCUGUAUGGGCAAUUUUCAGCUCCAGUGAAGCAAGGAUCGAAGCCGAGCAAAGAGGAAGAGGAGAAGCAGAAUUAUUAUGUGAAUAUGGGUUACGCAAUUCGGACUUUGAGAGAGGAGUUUCCUGACCUCUUUUACAGGGAGCUUAGUUUUGAUAUUUACAGGGAUGAUAUUGUAUUUAAGAAUCCUCUCAAUACUUUCGUUGGAAUUGACAAUUACAAGUCAAUCUUUUGGGCACUGCGAUUCCAUGGGAGGAUGUUUUUCAAGGCUCUCUGGCUUGACAUUGUUGGUGUAUGGCAGCCAGUGGAGAAUGUCAUAAUGGUUCGCUGGACUGUCCAUGGCAUUCCACGAGUCCCAUGGGAGAGCCGUGGUCGAUUCGAUGGCACUUCAGAAUACAAACUUGACAAGAACGGUAAAAUCUUUGAGCACCGAGUUGACAAUAUCGCACUAAAUUCGCCCCCAAAAUUUCAUGUGCUAGCUGUGGAGGAUAUAAUUCGAUCCAUUGGUUGCCCCUCAACCCCAAGGCCUACUUACUUUGAGAUUUCAUCACUUCAUCUUCAUCUUCAUCUUCGUCUUCAACUUCAUCUUCAGAGAGAACAUAGUUCCACUUAGGCUUUUUCCAAAUUUUGGCAUAUAUUGUGUGUCAUGGUGGUGAGCAAGAUAUUGAGCUAUAGCUUGAAAUCGUUCUCAAUGCGCAAAACUUGGUUUAGAUCACAAAGCCAGCACUUGCAUCUGCUUGGCUUGAAUCUGAUAGGCAACAUUGGGAAUGAUGGUAUGUAUUCUCAUAUUAUGACCCCGAACAAUAUAUUAUAAGAAAUGUGUAAUCUUGUACAGUACAAAUUACAGCCUAAGUAAUUGUAGCAUGAUUGACUGUCUUCCUUGCUGAA